AUGGCUCUGCAGGAGGAAUUCAAAGAAUAUGCAGAGAAGGCCAAGUCUUUGCCCCCAGCAACAAAGGAUGCAGACAAACUAAUACUGUAUGGCCUUUACAAGCAGGCAACUGUUGGGUCGGUUAAUACCAAUCGACCUGGGUUUUUCAGCCCAACAGAGAGGGCCAAAUGGGAUGCAUGGAAAGCAGCUGAAGGGAAGAGCAAAGAAGAAGCAAUGACUGAAUACAUUGCCAAGGUGAAGCAGUUGCAACAAGUUGAAGGAGCAGCUUCCACCACCUAA